CCAUGUAUCACUUGUAACUUGUAUUCUCAGCGUUGCGCGAUGAUGGUUAAAUAAUUCAUAACAACAUGGAAUUUAAAAAAGGAAAUACUAGAAACUCAAAAUAUUUUCUUGUUGCAGCCUAUUUGGUGAUAUCUACAAAGAUGUAUGUGUUUCAAGCAGAUACAAGUGUUCAGUGCUUCAUGAUUUCACACAUGCAGAAAACAAAACCUGAUCUUAUUCAAAGACAACAGGCAGCCAACCGUAGUGUGGAAUUAGUGAACAUCUCAUGCAGUCUCAUGAAAAGCAUCGGAAAUGAUGAAACUGAAAUAGGAAAGAAAUUUAGUGAAAUAGAACUUGACUUUCUAGAUACUGUUGAGAUCCAAGCGACACUGAAUGGAUUUGAAAGUGUAAACUGCUCUUGGAAACACAGAGAUGCCAUAUCAGGGUGCAUUACUGACAAAAGCAGAACAACAUUUUCCUUCAUGAUUAUUGAAGCUGAUAAAAAACAAGCUGGACAGUAUUUGCUCUUGUUUCAAACACCCAACAGUAGCUUCUUGGUGGAAUUCAGAGUGCAAGUAUUAACCUAUCCAAUGAAGCCAUUGCUACGUGUCUACGAAAGAAAAGAUGGAUACUCACUGAUUGUGCAGUGUACUUCUGAAGGUUACCCUCCACCUUCUAUUGACUGGCUUUCUGAUGACACUCCAGACGAUAAGUGUGCCAAAUCUGAUGACAAAACGCAGACAGUAGAUUAUUCUGGAAUGGUAGUGAAAAACAUUUCAGGAUCCCAGAUACAUAAAGAAAUGAAAUGGUGCUGUGCAUGCAAUAGAUUAGGCAUGGAAUGCUCCAGGCUGAUUGAUUUAGGUCAACUCCUUGAACGUUUUGAAUCAGAGCCUCGUGUGUUUCUUAAAGUUGGAGAUCCAUUUCUGUUUCGGUGCAGUGAUUACAAUAAUUUUCCUAUAAUCCGAAGUGACCAUACAGAAAAAAAGUUACAUUUUAUUGAAGAGCACUAUGGAAAAAAAAAGAUAAGAUACAUAGCAUUUCAAUCCGUUGCCAUGGAAGACAGUGGGCUAUAUACCUGUUUGCUUUCAGGAAACAAAUCUAGAAGUUUAAUGCUCUCAGUUGUGGAAAAAGGAUUCCUCAACUUUUCCAAGAUUAUUCGGCAAAAUGAAAUUACUCCACCUAAUAGUAUUUGCUUGAAUGUCACAGUUUUUGCAUUUCCACCUAUUCAGUGCAAAUGGAUGUAUAACAAAGAGUUAUUUUCUUGCAAUGUUCAGGAACCUGCUUAUGAAACAAGGAGGACAUUUAUUUUCUGUCAUCAUCACAAUAUUCCCGGUACCUAUGUAUUUUUGGGUGGGAACCAGGAAUUCAAGGUGAGGGAACAGCUAGACUUGUAUGUAAAAGCAACACCACACAUCAGUUUAGCAUUUGAAACUGACGGAAAAGUGGCAUGUAUUGGUGAAAGUUAUCCUGAGCCUGCUUUAACCUGGUUGGAAUGCCCUGAAGAGCUCAAUUGUAGUGGUGAAACAUCUUGGAAGAAAAUAAACGACAAUGGGAUUGCAUCAGUAACUGAUGGACAAAUUUUUGGCCAUAAAAAGGUUUCUAAUCUACUGGACCUAAAUUCACUGAGUAAAAAACACUGGAUCAGAUGUUGUGCACAAAACGAUUAUGGUUCUUUUUGUCAAAAUGUUGGACAAGCAAAUUUGCCACAGAAGAGUGAGAAAACAUUAUAUUAUGCAACAGUUGGGGUUGGUGUGCCUGUAGUUAUUCUUCUGUUAUGUUUCAUGUACUAUAAUGGCAAAAGGAAACCAAAAUAUGAGAAUCAAAUGCAAAUGAUACAAUUUAUUGGACCCUCGGAUAAUGAAUACAUAUAUAUUGAUUUUCGAAACAUUGAGUAUGAUACAAAAUGGGAAUUUCCAAGGGAAAAUCUGAAACUUGGGAAAGAGCUGGGUGCUGGGGCCUUUGGGAAGGUAGUUGCAGCCAAUGCUUUUGGCAUCUUUAAACCAGGAGAAUCUCUACAAGUAGCUGUGAAAAUGCUCAAAGAUAAAUAUCAGCCUUCUGAAAAAGAUGCCAUCAUGGCAGAACUGAAAAUGUUAACACAGAUUGGGAACCAUGAAAAUAUUGUUAAUUUGCUUGGAGCAUGCACUGUGUCAGGCCCAGUUUACCUGAUCUUCCAGUAUUGUCAAAAUGGUGACCUUCUCAACUACCUGAGGAGCAAUCGAGACAAAUUUCAGAAGACAUUAGCUAUUGUUUUAACACAGAAUAGCCUCAGUUUAUAUCACAAUAUUCAACAGGAUCAUAUUUUAAGCAAUGGAAACUUUCAGCAUGAUGGAUCAUAUAUUCCGAUGCACCCUAUAAACAUGGUUAAGACUUUAGAAGGAGAAAGAGAAACACUUCUGAAUACUUCAAACUUUGAAGACUGCAAAACGUUUCAUGGAUGCGAUUAUAAGAAUGUCAAAAUAUAUCAAGAAAGAGAAUUACAGGUGCUUACAUUUGAAGAUCUAUUGAGUUUUUCCCAUCAGGUUGCAAAAGGGAUGGAAUUUCUGACAUCAAAAAAUUGUAUCCACAGGGACCUGGCUGCAAGGAAUGUUUUGGUCACACAUGGAAAGACUGCAAAAAUUGCUGAUUUUGGACUGGCACGUGACAUCAUGAAUGAUUCCAACUAUGUUGUGAAAGGCAAUGCCCGGCUACCUGUGAAGUGGAUGCCCCCAGAAAGCUUGUUUGAGGGCAUGUACACAUUUCAGAGUGAUGUCUGGUCAUACGGCAUACUGCUGUGGGAAAUAUUCUCUCUUGGUGUCAAUCCCUAUCCUGGAAUUCAAGUAGAUCAAAAUUUCUAUAAGCUUAUACAAAAUGGAUUCAAAAUGGACCAGCCCUUUUAUGCUACUGAAAGAAUCUACACUAUGAUGAAAUCUUGUUGGGCACUUGAAGCAAGGAAAAGACCUGGAUUUUCACAUAUUGUUUCUUUCAUGGAAAGUGAGCUGAUGGAAGCAGAAGAAGAACUUUAUCAUAACUCACGAUGCAGAAACAAUCAAAGUUUUGUUGCUAAAGCUCAUCAGAAGUCUCCUUCUUUGUAAAUCUGCUGGAGAAGAAGAUACACCCAGAAUUGUGACUUUGCAAUGUGCUGCUGAACAAUGAAAGAAUGAAAGGAAAACGAUCUGGGGCUUCUUCUAAGGCAUUUCAAAUCCUUAUAACAAAAGUUUUCAUGUUGUAUACCUAAAUUGGUGAAUUUGUUAUGGAUUAACAAAAACUGAAUAAUUAUGGACAAAUUUUUGGAGAGUUAUUUGUUUAUAGCAUCAGUGUUACUAUCAACUUCUGACACCAGUAUUUACAUUUAAAAAACAGUGGAGUGUUUAAAAUAAGAAUAAGCUAUUGAAAUGAUUUUAAAUUCAUCUUUACUUUUGGAGUACAAUAUCAGUAAGACAUAGCCAAGAUAAGCAACUUUGUACUCCAAACAGCAAAUAUGCAAUAUAAACUCUUGGUCAACAUCAUGUACUGGGGAGUCACAAAGAAAAAGAUGGUAGAGCUAUAUUUGAGAAAUUUAUGAUCAGCAAUCACCAAACAGGAUGAACCAUCUGUAAGAGGACAAAAAUUAUAGUUGCAAUGCAAAUUUUCAGAGAACAUUCCUUAUAGGUUUCAAAGAAAGAAAGUGAGAAUACAGCACUGCAUAUUGGGGUUGCUGGCUAAAAGAAAUUCUAAAUAAGCUGUUUUAUGUGGCUUUAAGUUUAAUGGAGAAAGAAAGUGUGACUCUUUCCAGGCUUGAUUAACCUGGCUUCAUUCCUGACAGUAGCUUACUGUGAAUAUUAGACUUGUUAAGGCAAUAAAUGUUACGCUUAUAUUUGAUAAUGUAGUGUAUUACUGAUACAAUAAGAAUAGACUUAUUGUCCUUAGCCUUUUCUCUAAAGCAAUGCCCCUUUGGCAUGGGGCUGGUAGGAAUGAGACAUAACAUAAAUAAAUGUUUGGGUUUUUUUUUUAUUGUUUUUUGGCACUGCAUGCAGGGAACACCUUUUAAAGAGUGCUCAGUCUUGCCUGCAUGAAAUUCUUUUUAGAAAGAAAAAAACUAACAAAGCAACAAGUUCUUUGGUACUUUGUAUAGCUGCACACUGCAAUGUCCUAAUAAAAUAUAUAGUCACCCCUUAGAUGGUUAUACAUCUGAGUAGCUUUGCAAACAUUAUUUGGAUAGACAUGAAAAGAGCAUGUUUUUAUUUUCCUUAAUGACAGAUUUUUUUCCAGAACUAUUAAGCAACAAAAAUCAAAAGAUAAAAUGUGUACAUAAAUAUCUACUGUAUCUUGAAUUGAUAUAAUGCCACCAAGAAUGUCUAAAAUGUUGUCUUUUCUAGGUCUGAUCUCACCCAUUGCUCGUGUUUUUGUCAUACUAAUAUAUAUUUUGUAAAGUUUGCUUAAACCACAAUCUUUAAGUUUUUGCUUCAAAACAGAAGGCUCAGCUGAUGGUUGGCAGGUCAACACGCUCAUAGUAAAUGUGGCAGCUAAAUCAAACAGAUGAUCUCACAGAAUGCACAGACACCCACACUUAUGCUAGAGCAAUUGAGCACUGCCUUUUAGAGAUCAAUGAAUACACUGGAGGAGAAACAUAUUGACAUGAAGUGAGCGUUCAUUCUCCCCACUGAAGGCACCAAAUCCCAGAUACAAUCAUGAGACUCGAGCACUGCGGUCAGAAAAUGAACCACCUGGUCCCUGCACAAUCCACAUGCUAUUAAUACAUGAUGAAUUUGUAUAGUAGCAAUAUCAGACAUAUUAACUUUGACUUUAAAAUUAGUACACACAUUAUUUAGGCUCACAAUAAACUGCCUGUUAUAUUUCUCUGGCUAAUAAAACACUCAAACAUUUAAAAGCAAUCUUAAAAAAAAAUAAUCUGGUUAUGAUACCAUUUUUUUGUAUUUCUUUACUUUUGAAAAUGCUAACACAAAUACUUUUUUUAGAUGUGACACAGGAUUCAUUUAAGAAACUGUCAGCUGAGAAUUAUUGUUACAUUAUGAAAUAUGCUAACUUCAGAACAAAAACAUUUUUUUCUUUACCAGGAAUAUACAUUUUUUACAGUUACUUUCAGUCCUUUUUAUACUUUAAUACUUGGAUUAUUUAGUCUAAAGAAUGAUAUUUGCUUUAAUACCAAGCUCUUUUGUAAUAUUUAAAACUUGUGUUUAAUAAAGUUUGAUUAUUUUCUUAGUGUGUUGGUUUGUGUUCUACUAUUUAAACUAUAUUUCACCAUAGACUUUGAAUCACUAAAUUUACUAAAAGACUUAAAUAAAACUACAUUCAUCAUUAUUGCUGACUGUCUAAGAAGAGAGCAAUGGUAAAAGAAAGUAGUGCAUAUGUAAUACUGUAUGUGAUAAGCUACAAAGGGCAGAAAUAGCAUAGGAUUGGUGAAAAUCGGUUGAGCUUUAGACCUCCAGCCAUAGACUCAAAGUUGCUCUGGAAAGAGAAGGGCUUUGCCACGCACUUU